UUUCUGCUUUUAAAAUACUCCAAAAAUGGACUUUCAUUUAGAAACCUGCACGGGACAGAUUUUUCAGUCCCACUCCCACCUGCAACAUUGAGGUUUUGUCCCACUCCCGCUUACCAUUUACAUGAAAUGGUAAGUUCUGUAACAUCCCGUGAGUUCCACAACAUCCCAGCAUAAAUGCUCCCAAUACAAUAUUUAUUAUUAAAGCAUCAACAUUCACAAACCACUGUUAUUUUUAACAGAAAAGCAUAUGGGCUGCUGCAUGUUUGGCAUAGAAUGCGAGCAAAGAGCGCUCGCUUUAUAAUCACUAAAAAGCUGACGUCUCAGUUCAUCGCAAUCUCACAAAGCUGUUAUAACACAAUGAAUAUAUGCACAAUGAAUCUUUCAUUAUGUCCACACUUCAUGUGUUAUACUGAAAGGAUUCACGAGAACGCAAAUUUUAGCACUACCCAAGAAUUCUAACUUAAACACCUCUGAUUGGCCAUUCCAGAAAUCAACAGAUAUGUUUUUGAUUGGGUACAUUGCUCAAUGCUGCUAACACAUGUUCUAAUUAGAAACUCUAUCUUUGCUUGCGCCUGUUAAUCAUUUUUAUUUUAUAUUAGUUGUUCUUUUUGCUCUUGUGCAAUAGAUGAAUAGCAAUUAAUGUUUAGAUAUUUCUAUUUUGCGGGAAUCCUGCAAAUCAUUUUAUUCUUCUGAAUCCUGCUGGACGCAAAUGUGUCUACCUGCCCGCUGGUGCCGCACUCUGUUGCGACCUAAACAUAACCUCAGUUUCUUGGGGGAAAAAAGGAGUCAUAGUUUUAUUUGUGGUAUUCAAGAAAUGCUCUUGAUUAAUUUAUUACAGGGGUUAUGAACUGAGAAAUCAAAAUUACCAGGAUCUUAUGGCAUAUAAGAAAUCAAUGUACUAUGAAAACAUCCUGUAAGUGUCACAUCUCAAAACUAAGGUAUCUCAAAAGGGUUUUAUGACGUAAUAGUGUGGCUAAACACCGCCUACGCAAAAGAAGCUCAAUGCUUGCUUCUACUUUUUUUCAAUGCAAAUGAUAAAGGUGGCUCUGAAUACAAGACGCUGUGCAGUGCCAAGUUGUGGAAAAACUGUCUUUGCAUUGCCUUCCUUCUCGUGUUAGGAAAGAGUGUAUGAACUUUAUUUUUAAUGAAGAUCCAGACCACGUCAGUAAGAACUCGGUUCUUUGUUAACUUCAUUUUUUCAUGGAUUCUUUCACAAACAAGGCACAAUUCGACACAGGAUUUUAAGAAAGAUUGAAACUAAAAGACGAUGCUGUGCCGACUAUAUUGGAUCCAAAAGUAACAUCACACCAUGCAAGUAUGCAUCUGGUGUUGGUACAGAUGACGUGUCAGCAGAUGUGAUGGAGGGAGAUUCAGUCACUCUAAACACAGAUUUUAGAACAAACCAACAAGAAGAGGUUGUAUGGUAUUUUAAUGACAUUCGCAUCGCUCAAAUCAGUGGAGAUCUCAGUAAGAUCUGUACAGAUGUUCGGUGUAAAGAUGGUGAAGAGAGAUUCAGAGACAGACUGAAACUGGAUCAUCAGACUGGAUCUCUGACCAUCAUGAACAUCAGUGCCACAGACUCUGGAGAUUACAAACUAGUGAUAAUCAGCAGCAACAGCAGCAAUUCAAAGAUCUCCAGAGUUGCUGUUCAUGGUGUUCCUGCUGCUCAACGAGAUAAAAAGAAGACCAAGUCUGUAGUGGAGGGAGAAUCUGUCACUUUAGAUCCUGGUGUAACAAAAAACCCAAAUGAUUCGAUGACGUGGUAUUUUAAUGACACUCUAAUUGCUGUAAUCACUGGAGAUCAGAGUAAGAUCUGUACAGACAUUCAGUGUUCUGAUAGAUUCCAAGACAGACUGGAGCUGGAUCAUCAGACUGGAUCUCUGACAAUCACAAACACCAGAACCACAGACUCUGGACUUUAUAAACUACAGAUCAGUAGCAGCAGCAGCAUCCGUCGUCGUCGUCGUCGUCGUCGCCACAGCAUCGGUGUCACCAGUUUAAAGAGAUUCAGCGUUUCUGUCACUGCUGUUCCAGAUUCAGGUUUGUCUCCAGCAGCUGUUGCAGGAAUAUGUGGUGUUCUGCUGCUCGUUGUCUGUGCAGUUGCUGGUGCUCUUGCAAAAGGCAUCUGUAUUCAACAAAAUAAUCAGGACAAUAAUGGGCUCUAAAUCAAGAACAGAACCAAAGAAGCUGCCAAGGAUACUUCAUUUUCUACUUAACCGCUAUGUUCAGUCAGGAGGCCAAGUAUCAAUAUCUUCAUUACCAUAAACUUUACCAUGAUUUGCUAUAAGCUUUGUAUUUACAAAUUGGAAGUUAUAUGUUUAUAUAUCAGUGCUUCCGCAUCUCUCUCUCACACACAUAUGAAUUAAGCUGCUUGUACAGGAAUCACGUGCUUGUACAUUUCUGAACUUGAACCGCUGUCUCUGUGUUUACGUGUUAAUUACAUGUGUAAAUUCGACACUCAGAUAUAGGCCAGCUGCAAUGCAGCAAACCUUUCGCUCAUGAUUAGAAUCUAAGAAGCUAUAUAGUGCCAAAUAUACACUGCAAGCAAGCUCGUUUCAUAAUACGUUUGACAAUACAAGUUGAUAAGUUCUUACAUUAUUACAUGCGGUCGGUUACACUGGUUAUACUCUUCAAACUGUUGUUUCGUAGGCUGUUUAAGAGCAAAAAUAACUCCUCAGUGCCACUAAGUGUCCAAGUUCUAUUCCGUUAAUGACAAAUACAUGGAUUUUCCUAUAAGAGUAAAAAUAUGAUUCAGCACACAACAUUUCAAAACUGAAUAGUGUUAGCUUUAUUUGAUUUUAUUAUAGUAGCUGCAAGGCUGCUCUUUGUAAAACAUUCCAAAACCAAACAAAAACUUAACACAGUGUGCCAACUUCUGACCAAUAUCAUUACAGUGAAGUGAAAGACUGUCUGCCAGACUAGAAGCUGUAAUCACAACCUUAAUAUUCAAUGAACAAACUGGAUUUAUUGAAGGGAGACAUCCUUCAGAAAACCCCAUGCUUGGAAACAAUAGCAUCGUUAGAUGUAGAAAAAGCAUUUCAUUUCUCUUCUCCAUACUUAAUCAUUUUGGAUUUAAUACACAUUUCACCAACUUGAUCAAAAUAAUCUAUUAAUCCCCUGUAACCACAAGAAUCAUCUCAAAGCCAUUAUCUUUCAAAAGAGGUGCUCCUCAAGGAUGCCUAUUAUCUUCUCUAUUGCAGUCUUUAUUCGAACCACCAGCAGCAUUAAUUAUGAAGUCCACAUAGUAUUUCUUGAAUUAAGUCAGAUUCAUACCACCAUAAAUUAAUCUUAUAUGCAGAUACUUUAUAUAUUACAAACCCAUCGUCUUCCCUCCCAUCAGCACACAAACUCAUUAACUAUUUUAGCUGUAUGUCUGACAACUUUAUUGGUGCACAUUCCAAGAUCCUGCCUAUCACUGUUUACCUCAGAAGAAAACUGCCUUGACAUAGAACAAACUGCCUCUCUCCGUCAAUAGUGCAAUUAUAACAUUUUAUUUGAAGAACAAGAAGCCGUGUAUAAAACUAUCCACAGAAGCCAUAAUAUGUCAUAUAAAUUUUAACAUAAAACAUGAGCCCCAAUUACGUAAACACUGCUUCAAAGAAAAACAAAUAAACUGUAUAUCAGUAAUAAAAUGAGGAACAAACCAGCACAUUAAUAGAAUAACUCUAUAACAGUAUAGAAUGUUUUAUUUCAGCUGCUAAAGUGAGCCAGUCACCAUCAGGGAACACUAUAAGACCUAUUAAUGCACUGAUCUGAUUUUAUUAUCUUGCCUGUUUACUUGAAUACCUCACAGAUUGGCAUUUUCAGACAGUGUCAUGCUGUGAAACAUGAGCAUUCUAUCUAGAGAAUGUGCACAAAUAUGCAAAUGAGUUUAAGGCAGCUGUCAAACAAUAUUAGCACACUAUUGAUAUUGUUGAUGAUGUUACGGUUUUGUUGCAGUUACCAGAAAAAGUCUACAUUAUUAUUAUUGUAUUAUGUUGCCUACAUGAUUCCAUUCCAGUGGUCUAUUGCAUGAACAGAAGGGAUAUUUAGGUUUACAUGGAGGAAAUUCAUUCAUUUAUUUUAAUACAUGAACAUUCCUGAAUGUUAUGUGUGUUUAUUUAUUUAUUUAUUUCUGAGCUUACUCAGGUAUACUUGUCUGUGGAAAACACUUAAUGCUGAAAAUCAUGUUGUAGCACAAUUUCCACACUGUAGUAUUUUUUUUUUUUUUUUUUUAUUAUAUUCUUAAGGUACUAAGGUACUAGUCAAGUUGUAAUAUUGAAUGUAAUACAUUGUAAUCAGCAUUUGUAAUAUUUAUGAGAUGCUGGUUAUCCUGCACAUUAUCUAUUUGUUACAAGUGUUUUUUCCAUCUCAUGUCUCUUUCUGUUCUACUUAUCUAUUUGUUUCAUAUUAUGUAAUUAUUUUGUGCGGAUGUGUAUAUUCUAGAAUAAUAUUAGUGUGUGAUACUGACAAAUUUUCUGUGACGUCAGUCCUGGAAAGCUGUAAGAGGAAUUUUUGAAUGUAAUUAGAUUUUUUUCAGGUUUCAAAAUCUGAUUGGUUAUCAAAUCUGAUCCCAUUCAGAAAUAAUGAUAUCUGCCUACAGAACAUAUCAGAAGAUUUCUCUGAACACUCAACUUCAGAGAUCAGUGCAAGAUAGACAUGCUUUAAAACAUGUUUUAGAAACGUCAUCAUGGUGCUGAUUUUUGUGUCGUAAAUGUAACAAAGAAACUAUCAUGCCAAAGCUGAAGUACUGAAAUGGCCUAUGUUAAAGUCCAGGCCUGCUGUCACCCAUAAAAUCUUGUAACACAACCUCAGUAAGAUGCAAUAAUUGUGUGCCUUGUGAUAUCUUCAGACUGUUUAUUUUUAUUUUUUUUAUUUUGCACCAGCCUAUGAAGAAGUUGAGCCUAUAUGAAUGACAAUGACUUGUAAGAUUUCUGUUUGUUCAUGUGAUGCAUGCCAUUAAAAAAAAUGAGA